AUGUCUUUCAAGAUCGCAGCCGCUGCCGCCUUGGCUACCCUCGCCUCUACCGUCUCUGCUCACGGCCAUUUGCAGAGCAUUGGUGCCUCCGGUACUGUUUACGGUGGCUUCAACAACUCUAUCCUGUACUCGAACACCAAGCCUGAGCUCAUUGCCUGGUCCGACACCGUCAAGGACAACGGCUAUGUCUCCGACUACUCCAGCCCUGACAUGAUCUGCCACGCUGGUGCCGAGAACGCUAAGCUCUCUGCCCCCGUCAACGGUGGUGACACCGUCACUUUCAACUGGGACACCUGGCCGACCUCCCACAAGGGCCCUCUCAUCACUUACCUUGCUAACUGCAACGGUGACUGUGCUACCGCUGACAAGACUGGUCUCAAGUGGUUCAAGAUCGACGCCGUCGGUAUCAUUUCUGGAGACAGCAACACUGGUACCUGGGCUUCCGACAAGCUGAUUUCUGACGGUUACAAGUGGGACGUCAAGAUCCCUGACAGCAUUGCUUCUGGCAACUACGCUGUUCGUCACGAGAUCAUUGCCCUCCACAGUGCCAACAACGUUGGUGGUGCCCAGAACUACCCUCAGUGCAUCAACCUCGAGAUCAAGAGCUCUGGUUCUGACAACCCCAAGGGUGUUGUUGGUACCGAGCUGUACACCGCCCAGGACAAGGGUAUCUACGUCAACAUCUACUACCCCGGCUUCGCUGCUGAUGAGUACGACAUGCCCGGCCCUGCUCUCUACACUGCUGGCUCUGGCUCUGGCUCUGCUCCCGCCUCGUCUGCUGCCGCUUCUUCUGCCCCUGCCUCUUCGGCUGCUCAGGCUACUUCCGCUGCUUCGACUUCUCAGGCUACUUACGCUGCCUCAUCUGCCCAGACCACUUACGCUGCUUCGUCCGCUAAGGCUACCUACUCUGCCUCUUCGUCCACCGCUGCUCCUAUCACUACCCAGGCUGCCGUUGUCUCAUCUGCUGCCUCGGGUGGUGACGAUUACGUUGUCACCGCUUACGAGACUGAUGUUGUUACCCAGUCCACUGCCGUGACCGUGACCGCCGGAGCUUCCGCUACUGGCGCCCCUGCCGCCCCUGCAGUCUCUGAUCUUGCUUCUGCCGUUCCCUCGCAGAUGCUGACCAGCACCAUCUCUGCCGGUAUCCCUACUGGCACCGCAUCCGCUGGUGUUGCCAAGCCCACCAAGGCUCUCCCUGAGGGCACCACCCUUGAGGACCUCCUCUCAUGGGUUGAGUACCUCUUCGCUGAGAACUCUGCUAAGGCUGCCACCAAGCACCGCCGUCACGCUCGUGCCUUCCACUUCUAA